AUGACCUUAAAGAGCGGAAAAGAAAUUCAGGGGCUCGAACUCAUGACUCCAAAGGACAAGGACAAAGAGAAGAUUGAGAAAGAGCUUGAGGCAGAGAACACAAGCACCAAAAAUCCUGUGAUACUCCCUGACCCGAUCUUAGACGUUAAAACUAAUCCCCCUCUAUUUCCUAAUAGGUUGGAGAAAUCGAAGAAAUGGGACAAGGAGAAAGAGGUCUUGGAGGUGUUUUGCAAAGUAGAGAUCAAUAUCCCCCUACUAUAUACAAUCAAACAAGUGCCAAAGUAUGGAAAAUUUUUGAGAGAUUUGUCCGUCAACCGAAAAAGGCUGAGGGGAGAUGAAAGGGUCAUCGUGGAGGAGAAUGUAUCAGCGGUUCAACAAAGGAAACUCCCACCGAAAUUUGGGGAUCCAGGUAUAUUCACUAUCUCCUGUAGGAUAGGCAACACUUUGAUUAGGAAGGCCAUUCUGGAUUUAGGAGCAUCGAUUAUUGUAAUGCCUAAAUCUAUCUAUGCUUUUCUGAACCUAGAUCCAUUAAAAGAAACUGGAAUAAUAAUUCAGUUAGUUGACCGAACCAAUGCAUACCUUGAUGGGUUGGUUGAGGAUGUGUUGGUCAAAAUUAAUGAUUUGGUAUUCCCAACUGACUUUUAUAUACUUGACAUGGAUGAUAAUUAUUCCCCUGACCUCUCACCUUUGCUACUAUGUAGACGUUUUUUGAGCACAGCACAGACAAAAAUUGAUGUUAAUAAGGGUACCUUGUCCAUAGAAUUUGAUGGAGAAAUAGUCAAUUUUAAUAUUUUUGAUACAAUGGAAUAUCCUGUUAACUCUCACUCUGUGUUUGCUAUUCAUGCUAUUAAUCCCUCUAUACAAGAAUUUUCUGAGUUUGCUUGUAGGGAUAAAUUCAAAGUUACUGCGAACAAGUAUCAGGGGAUAAAAGCAAUUUAUAAGGUGAAAAGGAAUAGAAAAUUAAGAAAGAAUGCUGCACUCAAUGGCUAUUUGGAUCCCAGAGGAGGGCCAUCGAUCACAAGGAAAAUUGAAUUACAUCCAAAUUGA